AAUUAUCAAAAAAUUAGGAAGAAAGAGUAAAAGUUAAUAAAUGAAGAAACUAAUUAUUAGACUGAUUUUUACAGUUUCAGUGCCAAUUAUUUUAGGUGUUGCAGCAUCCUUAUUUUUAUUUUAUUAUAACCUUAUUAGUGCCCUUUUAUCUUGGGAAACAGAUAGUCAAAAAUGGAUUAAAUAAUCACAGUAAUAAAUACUUUAUAACUAACUUCUUUCUCAGUAAAUUAUAGAAGAAUACAGUUUUAACUAAUUGUAGCUUUAGCUGAUUUUGAUGAAUAAAUUAAUUGACAAAUUUAACAAUAAAGAGAUAUUGGUUAACGCAGAUACUUAAUUUUAGGUAUGUUCUUACAGAGAAUUAGUAUUCAAUAAGUGUCCUCCUGAUGUUUAUAAACAAUUGAAUAGGAGUAAUUAUUAUGCAGAUUUAUAUUUUGUGAGAUCUCUCUUUCGAUUUGAUCUUCUCUCUUCACAAUAACAAUAUUUUAUCUAAAUGAAUACUUUUCUAUCUUUUUACUCAAAAACGGCUUUUUAUUAAUCAUAAAAUGAAGGACUACUAAAAAUUUAAAUGAUUUAUAACUCAGACACCACUUCAAUAUUGACUAGAAUCCCAUCAGCUUUUUUAAAUAUAACAGAUUCAAAAUAUCAAAAUUGUAAAGGUGAUAGCUUUUUGGAACCAUAUGAUCCUAGAUGUAGACCGUGGUACAUUUAUGCGUAAGAGAACGAAGGUUACUUCUUUUACGAGCCUUAUAUUGAUGCAGUGAAAAAGAGUUUAAUUAUGACUUUAUCUAGCUAGGUGAAAUCUGAUUCAUAAUUUCAAUCCGUAAAUAGCAUUGAUUUCGAUAUGAGUGAUCUGGUUUAGUUAUUUGUUAACUCUUAAAAUUAAUAUUCUGUUUUAUUUCAUGAAUUUAAUAACACUAUUUUUAAUCAUCCCUUACUUAAUGAUGAUAGCGUUUUAUCAUGGCAAGACUUGGAAUUCAAAAAUAUUACACAAAACUGCAUAACAGAUAUAGAGUUAGAAAACUGUAAUCAAGAAAAAUAAUAACUCAGUUAGUAAUUAAAAGAGACAAUAUAAUUUAUUAAAUCUGGAAAUUAUUCGAUCAAUUAAUAGAAUAAUUUAGAUUAAUUAUAUUAAUAUUGGUCAAAAUUUGGCGUUAAGCAAAUUAGUUUAGUCUUUCCUUUAGUGAGUACAAUUCCUAAAUAUAAAACGCAGCAGCCCUAUUCAUUUUCAAUUAUAUUGACAGCAAGAGUUAUUGAAGAUUAAACUGAAAAACUAGAAUUAUUUAAUAUAAUAAAUAUUAAUUGGAUAAAGAUACCUCUUUUAUUUGAAUUUAUUAUAGUUAGCUUAGCAAUAGUUGUUUUUAUACUAAACUAUGGCAAAUUUUAAGUGUUUUAAGUCUAAAAACCUAUUGAAAUUUUAAUUUAAUUUUUAUAAAUAAAUCUAAUCUUACAAAGGUAAACUUAAAUUCCAAAAUGCUCAAAAAAGUUAGAGAAAUUUAGUUGCUUAAAUCAGAAUUCAAAGAAUAACUUGAAUAAAAAAAAAUAAUCAAGCUUUUAAAAGAAUAAGUUGAAAAAUGAAGAAACCUUAAAUAUUUUAUUUUCUCCUUCUAGUUUGGAUUCCUCAAAAUAAAUUUCUAGAAAUACUUUUACAACAAAUAGAAAUUAGUUGAUAUUUUUAGAAAAGAAUCAAGAUGAGCAAAAACUGACUUAAGGUAAUACAAGAAACAAUAAAAUAAAUUCACCUGAUGCGGAUGAGGUAGAUUUUUCUUAAAAAUUUGAUAGCUUUAGGGAAAAGCGCAGAACUAGGUUAAGCUAUUAGUAGAACAUCUUAAGCUCAACUAAAAUAUUCAAUUAAAAAACUCAUAUGAAUUAUGGAAAUUAAGAAACUUACGUCUAUAAUAAUCUUAAGAAAAAUAUUUAAACUGAGGUUAACUCAGUUUCAAAUUUAAAAAAAGAAAGUCAAAUAUAAAUAACUUAAGAAUAGCAACAUGUUAAGUAAUAAAAAAGCAAAAUACUUGAUGAAUUAGAGCCCUUAUUUUUAGAAAUGAAAAUUAUAAAAGAAACAUUUUAGAGCUUAGAGAGUUUGAUCAAUUAUGAAAUUGAUGCUUAAAGCUAAAAUUCAGAAGAUAUUAUGAAUGCUUUAUUCCAUUUCGCUAAGGCUAAAAGCACCUUUUAAAAAUUAUAAAAUCUAAAUGGUCUUAGUCUUUCCUAUUUUAAUCUUGGUCUUAUCUAUAUGCUUAAAAAUGAUUAUUAGUUAGCUUCAGAGUAUUUUUUAUCAGCAAUUUAGCUUAACUUGACUUCGUUUGGGAUUGAUUACUCAUAAUUGUAGCUUUAAAAUUAUGCUUUCUCAAAUGAUGAAGAAUUAGAAGAUCAGCUACCCUUAUUAAAAAGAAGGAUUUUAUGUUUUGCAUACAGCUUGAAAUAAUAAGCUUUUGAGCAAAUACACUAUUAAAUGAAGGUUUUUUUAAAUAUAACACCUAAUUGUUGUUAAGAAAAUUAAAUAAAUUUUGAAUAAUCUUACAAAAAUGAGUAAAACUUGAAAAAUAUUUUACAAAAAUCUAUAGAAAACUUCAGAAUUUUAGAAAAUUUAUUAAUUUUUCCUAAUUAAAACGUUUCAGAUUUAUUUAUAAUAUUUGUUAAUAUUGAAAUAGCAGAAAUAUUAAUAUAAUCAGAUCCAAUCAAUUAAAUCAAAUAAAUUUAAUCUUACUUUAAUAAAACUAUGGAUAUUAUCAAUAAAUUAUAACCUACUUACACUAAAAUCAAGUUAUAAAUUUAAAAUUUGAACGAAAAAAGGCUUGAUGAUUAUGAAAGUGCAAUUAUCGAAGAAGAUUCUUCUUUUAUGUUCUUAAAUAACCAUUCAAAUAAAUCAUAAGAAAUCAGAUUCAUGAUCUUUGAAACUUUUAAAGCCAAAUUAAUAUUUUUAAAAGGAAAGUUGGAGUUUCUUCAGUAAAAUUAUCAAAUAGCUUUAGAAUAUUUUACAUAAAGUUUAGAAGAAGGAUAAUUUUUUAGCCCUAUUUAAAGAGAAAAUGUAGUUCUUUACCUAAUUGUAUUAUUUUAAAAUUUAUCAAUAAAAUAAGAUUUCGUUGAUGAAUUCAUUUUUAAUUGCUCUGCUCAUGUUGAACUUAUUUUACUUGUUUAGCUAGAUUUUAUUUUUUAAAAUAAUAUACUAGACUUGUUUUUUGAAAAUGUAUAACCAACUAAAUUUUUGAGAGAGAAAGAUAAAAUUCAAGUAAUAAUUUUUAACAAAAACAUAAAAACAGUUAUUCCACUUACAAACAUUGAAAGUAGUCAUCACUUUAAAUUAAUAAUAUUAUCAAUAAAAAAUAGCGCAAAAUAAAUGAUAAAAAACUAAUAAGAUAAUUUACUCAAGCUCGAUUGGUAGCAAGCUUUAAUGCUAUCUGUGGGUAAUUUAGUAAGGUUUAAUCUCUUCUAAAUUAAUAGAAUCAAAUAAAAUUUAAGAAAAUACAAAAAUAUUAAUUAUGAUAAUUAAAAAUAAAUUCAUUUACAACCUGCAUUUUUUAAUAAAAUGAAUGUGAUGGAAAAUAAAAAACAAGCAAUUAUUUUAUUUUCAAAUAAAUACAAAAAUAAAAAUAAGAUUUAAACAAAAUAGUGCUACCCUAAAAAAAUAAUAUUAAAUAAUAAAAAGAUUAUAGUUUACCAUAUGUUCGAUCAUUUUAUUUAAGAAAGAGAUGAAAAUUAAUUUGAUUCAAAGUUCUUCUAAUACGAACAAGUACCGUCUGAUAAAGAGCUAAUCUAAAAGUUAAAUUAAUUAAGAUCAGUAGAUCAUUUAAGUUCUUCUAAUGAAUUUAUGGCUAUUUUAAAAAAUUUAUGAUGUUUGUAUUAAAAAAAUUAUCAAAUUUAAUUUUAAUUUUCUUGUUAUUUAAAAUUAAAUGAAAGAAAUUAUUUAUUAAUAACCAAAAAGAGAGAGAGAAUUUCUUUUUAAUUUUGAAUUUAUUUAUUAUCUGUGUUUUUAUUAUUAUGAUUAAAUAGCUCUUUCUGUUAUUCAAUAUUGUAAUUUUUAUUUAUUCAUAUUUCUAAACAGGAUUAUAUCAAAAUAAAAGGCUAGAAUACAAUUCUUAUC